CGAGUGGCCUCACGAGAUCCUGACUUAGGUCCGCGCCGCAGCAAGUCAGCAACGGCCGGGGCGAUUUUUUUCAAAAUUUUCCCCUUCUUGCCAGGCUGACAACCAUCUCCAGUGCCGUCACCGGCUCACGCUGUCACACACCCGAGAGCAAAUUGUAGAGCUGCUCGUCGCCGUCUCGCGGCCGGCGAUCGCCGCAGGGGUCGUCCCAGAGGCUCUCCGUAUCCGGGCAUGGUGGUUCUGGAGCGCACGCCGGGCGCGGCGCCGGGGGCCGCCUCUAGCCCGCUCCGGAAGUCGCCUAGGUUUUCGCGGGAGGUGGCCUCGCCGUCGCCGCCCUCGGACCCCAUCCUCCCGUACCUCAGGUCUAUCAGCAGGGCCAUGGAUGAGCUCGGUACAGGCCCUCAGUAUGACAUGGCAACCUUAGACAGGCUCAAGCAUUACUUGAUCGAAUGCAUUGCAAAGUAUGGGGACGACUACCAAUACUCCACUGAUCCACGGCUCCUCAAGAUCUGGAUCCUCUAUGCAGAUGCAAUUGAGGACUUCCCCAGUGUUUACAACCAGCUGGAGGAGAAAAGAAUGUUUCUGGAGCAUGCACUACUCUACGAAUCAUAUGCACUGUAUCUAAUUGCUCAUGGGAAAGUGACUGAGGCUGAUAAGGUGUAUGGAAUCGGUAUUUCCAGGAAAGCAGAACCCCUUGAUAAUUUGAAGAAGAUGCACUUGAGGUUUCUGAAACAUUUGGAGAAUAUUGUUGAAGAAGCUGAUGCGGAAGAAAAGGCUUCACUUUUCUUUGAUUCAUGCUGUUCGCCUUCUGCUACCCCCAUUGCUCCUCUGGGAGUGUCGUCCCGUCCCCUGAGGGUGUACUCCCGGAAACGGCGUCGCCCCUGUAUGCCGACACCCACGACGGCUGCGUUGGAUCCAAUCAUCAUGACACUGUCGCCGACUACGCGGGACAAGCUUCUGGAUAAGCCCAAACCAUCAAAGAAACAGAAGAAUGAACCUUCUGUGGUAGAUCCGUGGUCUGCUUCUACUAGGAACACUUUACUGGAGAAAAUCAAUGGUGACUUGAGGACGUUUUCUGGCUAUCAUAAGAGUAACAAGGUGUACUAUGGAAAGGUGCCCUUGACUUCUCCGCUGAAUGUUUUAAGAAACAAGGUCAUUGAGUUAGGUGGUAGAAAGUAUCAGAUCAAAGGAUCUACCGGCACUGGUGCUUUUGCUAAAGUAUACAAAGCCACUGUUGAUGGUACGGAAGAAAUGGUUGCUUUGAAGAUUCAGAAUCCCUUGUUUGUUUUGGAAUUUUACAUGUAUCGCCAACUUGAUCUGCGUAUAUCUGAUGUUGAGAGACCAAGCUUUGGCUAUGCGCAUGACAUGCAUAUCUUCUCGGAUGUCAGUGUGUUAGUUUGUGAUUACCUGCCGUACGGAACUCUCCUGGAUGUCAUAAAUUCUCACUUGGUAGUCGGUCGGUGCAUGGAUGAAGUUCUAUGCAUGUAUUAUACCAUAGAGAUGCUGAACAUGCUGGAAACACUGCAUAGUGUUGGCCUAAUCCAUGGUGAUGUCAAGCCUGACAACAUCCUUGUUUGCUACCCGAGUGGGGAGAUCACAGAGGACACUUUCCGAAGUGAAAAAAGAUAUGAGAAGAAUCAGGGUCUCUGCCUUGUUGACUGGGGCCGUGGCAUUGAUCUGAAUCUUUUCCCCUCCCCCACGGAGUUUAACGGGGACUGCGGAACCUCAGGAUUCAGAUGCAUUGAGAUGCAAGAACAUAGAAACUGGACUUAUCAGGUCGACACAUACGGCCUCUGCGUCGUUGUGCACAUGAUGCUGCACGGGACAGGCAUGAGCGUCGAGAAGGUGCCCAGGAUUGGUGGAGGCUCCGAAUACCGACCUAAACUGCCGUUUAAAAGGUACUGGAACGUUGAUCUGUGGCAGAAGCUCUUCUCGACGCUGCUGAACCCGCCCUCGAACGACAGCGACGUGGCCGCGCUCCAGAGCCUGCGGGCGUCUUUCCGGGAGUACAUGUGCAGCAACCGGCAGCUCGUCGGCAAGCUGAACCAGAUGCUGGCGAAGCAGAAGGCCUCCCUGUGCUCGUCCUGAGCUGCGGUCCGGCCGAGAAUCGUCCUCCCUUGCCAUGAGCCGUGACAGAGCCGAAACGUCCAUCUCCCCGUUCGUUUCCGGUCACCGCUGGUGCCUGUACUCCGUCUGGCUCCAUGUUCCAUGUUGUAACUCCGUCUAGGCUAGUAGGAACUCAAAGGACCUGUCACAUCGCUUCGCUAAGUUUAUCGAUGAAGCCUUGUUUGGGUUUGGCUCUCGUGCAGUCGCUUCUCUUGUACUCCCUCAGUUCGAAAUGAUAAGUCAUUCCACGAA